AUGCAGAUAAACAACUGCUACCUUGAGCUCAAGGAGGAUGUCGUGCAAAAGCUCAUUAACGCGCGACUCGAAGUGGAGGACGUUUCGGAGGAAUGGCUUCAGGCGCAGUUGUUGCUCCGCGGUUUCGGUCGUCCUGGUGAAGAACUUCAUUGGACGAAGCGCAACAUGAUCUCGCGUCUCGCGCAGAUCAUCCCAAUACUAGAGGACAAGUACUACAUUAUUACUUCGAAAGAGUAUCUAAAGAACAAUACACCACAUAACGCCUCCCGGUGCUGGUGCUUUGCUACGCAGCGAAAGAACCUACUCACUAAAAAAACAUUGCCUGCCACAGUGACAAAACCGAAGCCGAACGUGGACCGGGUGGCAUCGCCUGCACCAGAGAAUGAAGACACGACCAACAUCAAUAAUCUCAAGACAUCUGCGGCACACAAACGACCACGACCAAACGCCGCAGAGUUGGGCGAAGCCUCUAACCAUCCUCACAAGAGACAAAGGCUCCCGUCGCCUAAUCCUGAGGCGGACAUCGAUAACGGGGAAUGCCCAUCAUCCUUGAUCGCGCCAACUUCAGGCGCGCCCCCAACGCCGCCGGAGGACGUGGACCAUCUGCCCCGUGAAGUUGCAGGCCCCUUGCGUCAAGCCAGUAUGAGUCUCUCGGCAAUCGGCGAAGAACACUGGAAAUUCAAGCUGCAUGACUACAUGGGUCAUAUAGCGGGUACCUACAUGAUUUUAUGUCCUUUGCUUGCAGAGAGACAUCCAGAUCUCAUUGGGCAGCUCAGCAUCACAAUCAAAUAUUUGGGUGCUUCCUCGCUUGCAUCUGGCAUACUCGAAGCCUACUUCAACCUUGGCACGUUUACUGGUCCGGCAAUCCUUGGGCUCGACGAUGGUCGCAUCGCUGAGUGGCUUUGGGCUACGGCGACAGAAAGACGAGGCAGACGCGCUCCCCCUUCUUAUAACAAUGCCGAAGUCAAGAGGCUAUGCGAGGACGCACUAGACUUGGCUAUGGAAAGAACACCAGAACGAAACCGGGCUAACGUGGAGACUCGACAUCUUAGGGAUCUUCCCGCUCUUGAUAUCGAUACUACCGCGUUACCUCAGCUUCUGUUCGACGCUCGGCUUGAAAAUCCGAGUGGCGAAUACUACGGCUCAGGUACGUAUUGCAUUGCUUAA